CUCUAACCUUUUCCUUCUCUUCUCUCUCUCGAAACCUUAAUCCUCUUUUUUGUCCCUUCAAACCCUAAUUCUUUUUUUGGUCUCUUUAAACCCUAAUCCUCUGCAUUUCUUCUUUUAAACCCUAAUCAUUUUGCGUCUUCCGCUUUGUUUUGCGUCUCUUAGCCUCUGCAAAAAUGGUGCUCGCGUACUGUAAGUUUGUAGCUAAAUGUCGGAGUUCUAUGGUUACUUUUUGUAAACCCUAAUCCUCCUGGCAUUUUUUUUUACGUAUUUGGCCUCUGCAACAAUGGCGGUACUCUACUCUGACUAAAUGUCGGAGUUUAAUGGUUGUUUAUUUAUUUUUAUGGUUUUACAUGUGUUGAGAUUGGAGCUCUGCAACAAUGGCGGUUUCACAGUGUAUUCUAUGGUUUAUUUAGUGACCUCUGUAACAAUGGGGCUGGUUUACUGUAACUAAAUGACGGAGGUGUAUGGUUAAUUGGUGGAGAUUGGAGCUUUGCAACAAUGGCGGUUUCAACUUUUUUUUCUGUGGUUUAUAUAUGCUUUUGAGCUCUGGAAGUAUGGAAGUUAUUUCUUUGGGACCUUUUUGUUAUGUUGGUGAUUGUGAAGUAAGAAUUCUGUUCCCCAUUAUCUGUCAUUUUUUGCAUUGAAGCAUUGCAAGAAUUGAGUUUGUUGUGGUGAUAAUCUGUUCCUUUUAUUAUUGUUCUCUGUGUACUUUGAGCUUCUGCUGCAACAAUGGUGCCAAUAUAACACAGCACUUCUUGUUCUCUUAUCUCGGUGCUUGUUCUUAUAAGUGGAGACCUUGAAAAAACGCCUCUCUUGCUGUUGAGGUCCAUGCUCUUUAUUAGUUUAUACCAUUACUCUCUGCAACAUUGCUCUUUCCUUAGCUAAAAAGUUCUUUUUCAUUGAGGAUGUAUUUCUUCACCUGAUUUCUUCUUCAUUAUUACUCUUACUCUCUCUCUCUCUCUCUCUCUCUCUCUCUCUCUUGCCACUUUAUUUGGACUGGUCCUCACCAUCUGCCUUCUACUUCAUUCCUCUUUGUUUCUCUUUUUAUAUUACAUGAUACUAAGUGUCUUGAGGACUCUAUUCUUAUUCUAAAUUUGUAGUCUCUCUCUCUCUCCCUCAUUCUUCAUUUGCCCCUUGCAAUCGGUCUCUUUGAUCUAAGAACAAUGGCUCUCCAAUUAUUAGUACCAAUUUGCUUGUUAUGCACUACCAGAAAGUGCUUUAACUUUAUGCAUGUCUUGCUUCUUCUUCAUCUUCUCCUCCCCUUGAACCCUGUUACAUCAGCCCACCAAGAUAUAUUCACACUUCUCCAGUUCAAGAAAGGCAUAAAACAUGACCCAUCAGGCUCUAUCUUCGAAUCAUGGAAUGAGGAAUCCAUUGACUUUAAUGGUUGUCCUUCUUCCUGGUUUGGCAUUGUUUGCAAUGGUCGUAAUGUGGCCAGCAUAUCCCUCAACAACCUGAAACUCUCUGGUGAAGUUAACCUGGGAAUCCUUUCCAACCUCUCCAUUUUAGUUCACCUUUCUCUCUCUAACAACUCUCUCUCUGGACUACUACCACCCAAAAUGGGCAAUUUUGCUAACAUUCAACAUCUAGACAUCUCAAACAACGUCUUUCAUGGAGAGAUACCACCUGAUAUAGGCCGGCUUCAUAAUCUGAAAAACCUCUCUCUCGCCAAUAAUGGAUUCACAGGUUCAAUUCCAAGCACAAUUCAGAACUUGGGUACAUUAGAAUGGAUGGAUUUGAGCUCUAACUACCUGACUGGCUUGAUUCCUACUGGCUUAGAUAGGCUUUUGAAUCUCAGAGUGCUUGACCUGCACCAAAACCAGCUUUCUGGUGGGGUUGAUCAUGCAGUGAAGUUAUUUCCUAGUGCUGUUUAUGUUGAUCUUAGUGGGAAUUCGUUUUUAGGUCCGAUUCCGUGGAGAAUGGCAUUUGGAUCAGUGGGUUCAGCCUUUGCUCUUGAGUAUUUGAAUCUCAGUAAAAACCAGGUUAGUGGGCCAAUUAUGUACAGUGAUGAUAUCCCUCUAUUUAACAGUUUGAAGGUGUUGGAUCUUAGCCAUAACCAGUUGUCGGGUGAGCUUCCGGGCUUUCAGUUUGUGUAUGCUCUGGAGGUUCUGAACCUGGGGAGCAAUCAGUUUUCUGGCUCUCUACCAAAUGAGCUUCUAAGACAGGAUUCUUUGGUCUUAACUGAUCUGGACCUUAGUGCCAACAAUUUGUCUGGUCCAUUGGACAUGAUCACAUCCACAACCUUAAGGAACCUGAACCUCUCCUCCAAUUUGCUAUCUGGUAAUCUUCCCUCCAAAAUUGGCAGCUGCACUAUUGUGGAUCUUUCAAGAAACAGAUUUACUGGAAGCUUGUCAGUAAUCACUGCAUGGAAUGACAAUGUUGAAGUCCUCGAUUUGAGCUGCAAUUAUUUAUUUGGGCUGAUCCCUUUGGAUGCCUUGGUUUUUCUAAGAUUGAGCUAUUUGAAUAUUUCCUUUAAUUCUCUGGGAGGUCCUAUAGCAUCUAUAAUGCCCCAUUAUCCUAAGCUCCAAGCACUUGAUCUCUGCUCCAAUCACUUCAAUGGAUCUCUUCCAACCAACCUUCUUGCAUCCCCCACAGUUAAAAAACUUUAUCUUUGUAAUAAUAAUUUCAGUGGGGCAUUUCCUAAGAGCGUUUCUUCAAACCCAUCUGAUCCUAUGUUUUACCACUCUAUUCCACUCCAGGAAUUGGAUCUUUCAAAUAACCAACUUGAUGGUCACAUACCUAGAGAAAUUGGUUUCAUGGGUGAUCUGAGGAGGUUGGUCAUCUCGAGAAACCGCUUCUCAGGUCUUUUGCCCUCUGAAGUGAGCAACCUUAGUGUUCUUAAUACACUUGAUUUAUCAGUUAACCAAUUCACGGGCCUAUUACCAGCUGGCUUACCAGAUUCUUUAAACUAUUUUAAUGCAUCAUAUAAUGAUUUUUCAGGCUCUGUUCCCUCUAAUCUAAUGAAAUUCCCUCAGACUUCAUUUUAUCCGGGAAAUUCAAAGUUGCUUUUUCCUCUUCAAACUCCAUCAUCCAAUGAAGGUGCUCCUAUGGUGGUUGGUUCUCUUGGACCCCAAAGAAAAAGUGUGAAUCGAGGUGUUAAAGUUGCAGUGACACUGGGAUGUGCAGUUGGUGUCAGUAUGUUGCUUCUUGUUGCCUUUAUCUUUCAUCGGAAAAGAGCUUCAUACACAUCAGAUCGUAGUGACAUUGACAAUUUUAGCAAUGUGUAUCCUUCAAAUGGGCCCUUUGCGAAAGUUCCCUUACAUUCUACUUCUGGUGGAUACAGUGAUCCAAAAUCUUCACCCUUGGUGUCCUUGAUCGUUUCUUCUGAGCACAUCCUAUCUCCAAUAAAGGACCCUGCAAUUGGGUUUAAGAGUCAAGGUACAGAAGUGGAUAUUCCCAUGGGUUUCUCACCUCCACGAGCUUCCGAGGAAGAAAAUCAUAGGGUACUUGGUGCCUACCCUCCCGAUCGGCUUGCUGGUGAUCUUGUUUGUUUGGACGAGACAAUGUUCCUAACCAGUGAAGAAUUGUCUCGAGCACCAGCUGAGGUAUUGGGUAGAAGCAUCCAUGGAACCUCAUAUAGAGCCAUCUUGGAUGGUGGGCAUUCAUUAACUGUGAAGUGGCUCAGAGAUGGGAUGGCAAAAAGUGAAAAAGAGUUCAGGAGGGAAGCAAAGAAGCUUGGUAAUGUCAGACAUAUGAAUGUUGUUCCUAUCAGGGGCUACUACUGGGGACCCGGACAACAUGAGAGGCUUCUAUUGUCAGAUUAUGUAAGCCCAGGAAGCCUCGCAAAUUAUUUGUUUGAUCUGCCGAGCAGGAGAACGCCCCCCUUAAUGUGGUCACAACGCCUCAAAAUCGCGGCUGACGUUGCUCGUGGCCUCAAUUACCUCCACCUUGACAAGGCCCUUCCUCAUGGUAAUAUCUGUGCAUCCAACAUCCUCCUGGACGGUACAGAACUCCAGGCACGCAUUUCCGAUUAUGCCCUUCACCAGCUCACAUCGAGCCCCACAUUCCCAAUCCAUCCACCUCCUGAAAUCUCAUCUAAGAAAAAGCCCAAACCCUCGUUUAAAGCUGAUACUUAUGCAUUUGGGAUGGUUUUGAUCGAGUUAUUGACUGGGAAAGAUACGAGUGAGUUUAGUAGGGAAAUUUCAGCAGGAAGAAAGUCUGGCCAAGUCGAGCCUGGAAGCCUUAUGGAUUGGGUGAGGAGGCUAGUGGAGGAAGAGCAUGGGACCCAGUGCUUUGAUGGGGCCCUCGUGGACGUGGAAGAAGAAUGCGAAGCUAUGAAGAGAGUGUUGGCCAUUGCUAUGAGAUGUGUUCUUCCUGCAAAUGUGCGGCCGAGCAUAAAGGUAGUGUAUGAGGAGAUAUCUACUUUGUGAGAUAUGUAGGGUGGGUGUAUGUUUUUCUUGGUCCUUUUUGUUAUCUUUUAUUGUUUUGUUUUCUUGGCCAUUUCUUCAUCUUUUUUUGUUGAGGGCCUGGAAAUUGUUGGGACUUGGCAGAGAGUUUAUAGUUCUUGCUCACACAUGCAUACGCAUGUAUACACGCACAGUCGACUCGAAGCUUUCUUGUAGUUCAGUCACAAUGUUGAGUUUCAAAUUUCACGAAGGUGUUGAGAGUUUUGUGCAGUGGGAUGCCAUUUGGUCAAAACUCAUUUCUGUCAUUCAUAUGAUAACAAAAACCAGAGACUAGAAGUGUGGCAAUUGAAUUGGGGGAAAUAUGAUUUUCUCUGAUUUUGGGGGAGAAUUUUGGUAAAUAUGGUGGAAAUUGGAUUGUUGCACGGUUUAAGUUUCCAUUCCUACCCUACCGAUGCUAACCCUAUUUGAAAACUAAUGGCGCUUUCAAAUAGCUGACUUAAUGUUAAAAAAAAAAAAAGAAGCAUAAAACCCUUAAAAUGGACUUUCUAAUUAAUU